GCUGUAAGUGGCUAAGGGCUGGAUUUUCAGUCUUCUUGCCGUGGAAAUUUGAUUUUGAGUUUUGAACAUCGGAGGAGGUAUUGGGUUGGUCUACAUCUGAUUUCCAUCUUGUGUGCACGUUAGUGUAAUUUUUGUAUGUUCAACUAUACUAGUAGGUAUGACUAAAAUCUCAGCAAACAAGUCGGCAAAUGGGGAAGUUUGUCACCAUGCUACAAACGGCUUAAAGCCACGGAAGAACGGCUUCGUGAAGAACUUCGACCAACAGCAGCAGCAGAAGUACUGCUACCCCGAGGAGAAGGUCCAUCAUAUUGCAUGCAAUGGAGGAUUGUAUAACCGGCCAUUCAAUGAAUCGUUUGAGGAGACUCCCAUGCUGCUUGCUGUCCUCACAUACUUGAGUUAUGGCAUUCUCACAAUAUUUGGAUACCUUCGGGACUUCCUGAGGGAAUGGAAAAUUGAAAAAUGCAACAUUGCCAGCGAAAGAGAUGAACAAAGGGAUUUUGUACCACUAUAUCAGGAUUUUGAGAACUUUUACACUAGAAAUGUGUAUAUGCGAAUUCGGGACAGCUGGAACCGACCCAUAUGCAGUGUUCCAGGGGCCAAAAUGGAUCUGGUGGAGCGAGUGUCCCAUGACUACAACUGGACCUUUGAAUACACAGGCAAAGUGUUGAAAGAUGUUAUCAACCUGGGCUCGUACAAUUACCUGGGCUUUGCGGCGAACACUGGGGUGUGUGCUGAUGCUGCUGCAGAGGUGACCAGAAAGUACGGAGUGGGUGUAGGCAGCACCAGGCAGGAGAUGGGUAAUUUGAGCAGCCAUGAAGAACUGGAGAAGUUGGUGGCAAAAUUCCUGGGAGUGGAGUCUGCCAUGGCCUUUGGUAUGGGUUUUGCAACCAACUCCAUGAACAUUCCAGCACUUGUAGGCAAGGGCUGUCUGAUCCUGAGUGAUGAGCUGAACCACGCCUCCCUGGUGCUGGGAGCCAGACUGUCCAGGUCCACAAUCCGUGUCUUCAAGCACAACAACAUGCAGAGUUUGGAGAAGCUCCUGAGAGAUGCUAUCGUUCAUGGGCAGCCACGCACUCACAGACCCUGGAAGAAGAUCCUCAUCCUGGUGGAGGGAAUCUACAGCAUGGAAGGCUCCAUCGUACGACUUCCUGAGAUCAUCGCCCUGAAAAAGAAGUACAGGGCCUACCUGUACCUGGACGAGGCCCACAGCAUCGGAGCGCUGGGUCCCAAUGGGAGAGGGGUGGUCGACUACUUUGGACUGGACCCUCAGGACGUGGACGCCUUGAUGGGGACCUUCACCAAGAGCUUUGGGGCAGCUGGGGGAUACAUUGCAGGAAAAAAGGAGCUGGUAGACUACCUCCGUACACAUUCUCACAGUGCUGUCUACGCCACGUCCAUGUCACCCCCUGUGGUGGCACAAAUCCUCACUUGUAUGAGGUGCAUUAUGGGAGAGGACGGGACCACAUUUGGCCUUGAGCAGGUUAGACAGCUGGCAGAGAACGCUGCCUACUUCCGAAAAGGACUUCAGGAAAAGGGCUUCAUCAUCUAUGGGAACAGCGACUCUCCUGUAGUUCCCAUGAUGCUCUACAUGCCAUCAAAGCUCAGUGCGUUCGGGCGGGAGAUGCUGAAGAGGAACAUCGGGGUGGUGGUGGUUGGGUUUCCAGCAACGCCGAUCAUUGAGGCCAGAGCUCGCUUCUGUAUCUCUGCAGCACAUACCAAAGAAAUGCUGGACGUGGCAUUAAACACCAUCAGCGAGGUGGGCGACAUGUUGAAUGCAAAGUACUCCCGACGCAGAGUACUUCCCUCACUGGACCGAUCCUUUGAUGAGGAGACCACAUACGAAGAGAAUGAAGAUUGAAUGUCUUCCACUGCAACCAAAUGUGCACUGCUCGUCUGAAGCACUCUGAAAAUCCACAGAACCACUUAAUAUAUAAUCUAAGCCCCUUUUAUCAUCCUUAUUUUAACACAUGGAGCUCAUGAUGGCAAAGCAGUGUCCAUGGAGAGUGCUUUCUGUUUAUUUUCAUUUUGUCUGAAGCACUGUUGGGUUUGUGUCUUAACUUAUUGUUGCUUUUUGCUUAUUUUUGGAACUCUGCAGAAGACGGGUUGUCAGUGCGUUUGUGUGCCCAGACUGUUUUUGUGCAAUAUCAGAUGAACCUCUCAGAUUGGUACAUUUAUUAGAGAGGAGAAACAAAUUAACCACCCAAAUAUUUUUGAAUUUAAAACUGCAGCAACUGCUGUCAGUCCAAAAACCACUAAAGGUUAUAAGGUUAUAAUUUUUUUGUUUGUUCCCCAUAUCGUUGCAGGUGUGCUUUGUCGUGUAUCUGAUUGUCAGCAGUAUUAGCUUUCAGUUUUGUCUUUUUGUAUAACUUGAAUUUCUGCCAGGACCAGUACCUAACUUGAAUCAAGGCAUUAUCUGUCUUGCUUUACCAAAGUUUGGAACACAAAUCGGCAGCUUUGGGUAAUGUCAAUGCAAAUGACUCCUCUGUGAGUAGCCAUGCACAGCUGUCAGAAUGACCUUCCAAAUGAUUCCACUUAACAGGUCUUUGUCAUUUUCAAAAAGCUUUAACUAAUUUUUUUAUUCUGUUUUCCAAAAGAAAUUGUCAAGAUAGAUUUGUUGUACAUUUCAAUAUGGGACUGAUAUAUUUCAAGUGUAAUCUUGUUCAUUAACCCCUACUGUCUAGACAGGCUUUCUUCGUCUUAAGUUUUGUACUGCCAAGUUUCAUUCUUCUGUGCUCAUCUGUAGUGUUUGUAAUUUGAGCCCGACCAAUAUAUGAGGCUGAUAAUAGCGUUUGUGGACCAUAUUUGUAUCUGUAAUCAUGGACAGAAUGCGUCCGAUAAAUGUGAGACUGAUGUUUUAUCUAGCCAGGGCUUGACAUUAAGUAGAAUUCAGUAGUGGCGUGUAACUCAUUCUUACUAGCCACUUUGGCAGGUGAGAUAUUGGAAGCAUUUUCUAUGAAAAAGAAAUUGUAGUACAAAAGCCAUCUGAUAAUAAUUAAGUCAAUUUGCAGUGAUGCGUCCAUAAUACUACAACUCCCUUGAGCACUGGAUGCACAGUGUGCUCAUCCCAUUGGCUUCCUCAGUCGGAGAAGGCGGACUUGGCACUGCAUACAAACCGCUUCUUAAAAAAAAAAUAAAAAAAAAUAAAUAAAUAAAAAUUUGUAGUGACACUUAAUACAAAGUGCACUGUCAGAUCCUCCAGUUAUCAUCAGAAAACACAGAAGUCGCAGCGAUGGUUCAGUAGAGGAGCAUGAGCUUAGCAAAAUUGUGAACGUUUUACCACGUGAUUUAAAAUUGUGGGUACAUGUAAUUGUUUUCCCCACUGACAGUUAGAGAAUAUUCGUGGCAAAGAGACUAAUUUUUUAUCUUUAACCAGCUAACGUGGUAGCUAAGCGUAGUGUUCUUGGGGAUUGGCAAUUAAAACUGAUUUUUCUUCUCCCAAACGCAAACACUUUAUUCGGGUUAGACAGCUGAGUAGUUGCCUUGUCCUAAUUGCUGAUAAUUUAUCACUUUAUUUGAGAGGGAAGCAGGUAAAAAUGCUCAGUGGCUAGUGCAGUGUUUCCCAACUCCAGUCCUCGGGACCCACAUGCCAGAAGGUUUUUGUUGUAACCAGUAACUCACACACCUGAUUUAAUGAUUAAACCAAUCAAACCACAAAAAUGCCCUUGAUUAGUUAAAUCAGGUGUGUGAGCUACUGGUUACAACAAAAACCUUCUGGCAAGUGGGUCCCGAGGACUGGAGUUGGGAAACACUGGGCUAGUGACUUUGGAAAACUACUAGCCAUGGUGCCUGGUGAGCUAAAAGGUUAAUGUCAAGCCUUGUAUAUAACACUGACUGACACAUGGGCACUCCUAGGACUUUGUGCUUCUUGCGGUCUCAUGUGACCUAGAACGUUCACUAUCAUUAACCUUUACAAAACUCGGUCAGAGAGCAGAACUGGAGGAAGACUGUCAGAGAUGACAAACUAUUUGAAUUUAGUCAUAAAUAAUUUAUUAUCUUUUGUAUUCCUCAUUAAUUGUAGUCUGAUAAAAGUUUCAGCCUAUUGGCUCUUCACUGCCGAUGAAUGUUUGCGAACUUUGCUAGCUAGCUAGCGUAGUGUCAGCAAAUUGACUAAUAAAGCUAGCUCAUCAAUUAACAUUAUCAUUCAUGAAAGUGCCAAUGCAGAUGUAAAAUAUACUUUCAGGACCAUGUUUAUUUACAUUUACUGCAGGAUUUCAAUUAGUUGAGGCAUUUAUUUUCAUAUUGAAUGUGCUCGAUGGCAAGCUAACGUCAAUAGAUAGCAGAGAGUAAGCGAGUCACUGCCAUUUUUGCUCAUUGUUUUUCCAUUGGCCCACCAGGGUAGUCAGAGCGUUUUCAAAAAUAUACCCGCUCAUUCGCUGCAUGUGUCACACAUCAUAGGCAGAAGGCUUUGUGCGACUCAUUUUCUCUUAUUUAUAACCUACAGUAUACAGUAUUUCUAAACUGAUACAAAUAACUUUUUUGAAAACGUUUUUGUUUCCCAUACAUUGUCAUGAUAGAUUAAUCACAGUAGAUAAAUCAUCAUAGAUUUCCCCUCUUCUGAUCCCCUCAGGCGAGACACCUGACCAGGCAGUGCAAAUGCAGAGAAGCUAUGCUUAUGUGUCACUAAUUGACUGGCAGUAGUGAUGGCGAGUAAUUGAUUGAUGUCCAACACACUGAUGUUUACUUGGGUCACAAUGUUAAAUGUAAAGUUGGUUGACAAUGUUAAUAAAAUAUACUUUAAUAAAAGUUGUUUACGUAA